AUGGACGACGCUCGACGCAAGCGCACGGCCGUUCUCUUCACACUCGAAUUGACGCGCGAACUUUGUUUCGAGAAACGAUCAUUUUCGCUAAUUAAAAAGUAUAUUUUGACUCACUUUAUUGGAUUAUUUUAAAGUGAAAUAUUUUUUUGAAAACCGUAUAUUAUUACAGUUAAAAAAAUAUUUAUAUUUUAAUUAUAUAAAAAAAUAUAAGUGGAAUACUGUGUUAUUACUGUGAUAAGUGCAUAAUUGUUACACAAAUUAGUAAAAGUGCAAUAAACUGUGUAUUCGUUUAGUUUUUAUUUUUGUUCAUUAAAAACCGGUAACGGAAUAAUCAUAACAAAUCGACCAGUUUGCUAAAUUCUGCGCUUAUACGACAAAACCUGUUGAAAAGUACGAUGUGCCAUUGAGACCAGCAAACGGAACCGGAAGUAAGCGCCAUGCUUGCCGUACUGCCGCGCUGGAUAGCGCGGCUCCAAGAUGGAGGUCUCCUGAAUCAGCUUCUCAUGGCUGUCAUGGUGACCAUCCCAGUCCUCAACUUCGGCAUGCUAAUGGGCUGGCAGUCGCCCAUGACGCCGCUCCUCCAAUCGGAAGACGGUCCCGCGCCGGAACCGAUAUCGGACGACACCAUAUCGUGGAUGGCAUCCGUCACGUUUCUACCUCCGGUGUUUUGUGGAUGUCUGGUGGGGGAUCUGGCGGAUAGAUGGGGGAGGAAGAUCACUACUAUGAUGACUUCGCUCAUGCUUGUGAUAAGCUGGACUAUAACUAUGUUCUCACUGGCUCCAUGGGCGCUUAUAACGUCGCGCGCCGUCGCCGGUCUGGCUUGCGCUGGAUGCUAUGUGGUCACCCCACUGUACCUGAAAGAGAUCGCAUCAGACAACGUUCGCGGCGCGCUCGGCUCCCUCUUCAUCCUGUCCCAAAACCUGGGCUACCUGGUGGUCUACGUGGCCGGGGACCUCCUGUCCUUCGCCAGUGUAUUGUGGCUGUGCACAGCAGUACCAGUGCUGCAUCUGGUGGCGUUCCUGGCGAUGCCCGAGACGCCUGUGUUCCUGGUGAAACAGGGGAAGAUACAGGAGGCACGCGAGGCUCUAGCGUGGCUGCGUAAUACCAGCACAGACAACAAAGACCUGGAAGAAGUCAUCCAACAGCUGGACAGAGAAGAACAGCUGGCCAGGUCCAUGCAGAAGGCCACCUGGAUGAGCAUCGUGCGCGACAAAACGACCUUCAAAGCAUUCCGGAUAUCUCUCAACGUCAUGCUGUCUCAAGAGACUUGCGGUUACCUGGUGGUCCUCAUGUAUGCUGGCUCCAUCUUCGAGCAGGCCUCGGAGUCCAUCAGCUUGAAGCUCAGCCCUAACAAGCAGACUAUUGUGGUGGGAGGAAUACAGCUCCUUGGAUCUAUAGUGGCCAGCUGUAUAGUUGAGAAGACUGGACGAAAGUGGCUCCUCGCCGGAACUUCCUUCGCAACAGGGGUUUCCAUGCUGGCCCUGGGUGCCUGGUUCUACAUCACCAGCGUCGGCUUCUGGUUACCGGGCUGGUUGCCAGUAUUAGCCAUGUGUCUAUGCAUCUUUGCUGAUGCAGCCGGCUACCAGCCAGUGCCUUAUGUCAUCACUUCAGAGCUGUUCUCGUUCCAACACCGAGGCAUGGUAACCUCCUUCGUAAGCAGCGUGGAUGCUCUCAGCGACUUCCUUCAAACCAAGGCCUACGACCCCCUCCUCAAACUCCUCGGCAUCCACUGGGUCUUCGUCAUGUUCUCAAUAGUCUGCUUCCUCGGCACACUCUACACAGUAUUAUGGGUCCCUGAAACUAAGGAUCGUAGCGUAGAAGAAAUAUAUGCUAUUCUAGAGGAUUCUAGAAAGAAGGAGAAGAGGAAAGAUGUGGAGACGGGGAAGGAGGUGUGUCGGUUAUGAUUUUUUGAGUAGAUUGUGGGAAAGUAAGGACGCUAAGCACAAAGAAUUUCGUACUUUGGCCCGCCAUUUCCUCCUUUAUCGCACGCGCUGCAUGCAUCGCAUGAUUAUAUUGCUGUGUUGCUCACACAGUGGCAUUGAUCGCCGGUAUCAUCAGCGAGACAGCAAUAUAAUUAUGCCCGUGUGAUAGAGAUAGCAAAUUCAGGGCCAAUGUAGGACUUUUUUUGAUGUUGUCGUCCUUACUUUAGUGUGAUUUUCUGAGGUUGUAAAUGCCAUUUUUUUAUCCUGACCCCUCACUAAUGUCUUGUAAAUCUAUGACUGGACUGUGACUCUGUGAUCUGUGCAAACCAGAUGUCACUUACUAGAUGGAUCAUUUAAGACGACCUGAGGUCCGCUCAUUAGCGCUCUCAUACUGAAUAAUUAAGUAAGCCUGAUUACUCACUUUAUUUCAGGUCCGUGGUGAAUAAUUCUUUAUCAUCGUAUUUUCACGGAGACGCACGAACGGGUUAUGCUAUUUCAAUCAGUCGCAGUAUUAAGUACUAAGAUAGACUGAAGUAGCAUGACAAAUCGGAAAAAUCAUCCAUUUCUUCAAAGUAGCGUGAUAAGUCUUAGAAAAAAGUGUCCAAAUUGUAUACUUUUGUUAUGUCCAUAGAAAAGAAGCUGCUUUUUAGGGUUCCGUAGUCAACUUAGGAACCCUUAUAGUUUCGCCAUGUCCGUCUGUCUGUCUGUCUGUCAGAGGCUUUGCUCCGUGGUCGUUAAUGCUAAAAAGCUGAAAUUUGGCAUGGAUUUAUAAAUCAAUAAAGCCGACAAAGUCGUACAAUAAAAUCUAAAUUUUUUUUUUUUUGAGGGUACCUCCCCUACACGUAAAGUGGGGGUGAUUUUUUUUCUGCUUCAACCCUACAGUGUGGGUUAUCGUUGGAAAGGGCUUUCAAAACUAAUAGGGGUCUUCAACAAACAUUUUUUGAUUAUGUGAAUAUAUUCGGAGAUAAUCGCACCGAAAGAAAAAAAAAAUGUGUCCCUCCCCUCUAACUUUUGAACCAUAGGUCCAAAAAAUAUGAAAAAAAUCGUGGAAGUAGAGCUUAAGAAAGACUUUAAAUGAAAACUAUAGCGGACAUGAUCAGUUAAGCUGUUUUUGAGUUAUCGCAAAAAGUUUCCCCUUCAUAGUAAAAAGACUUUAAUUAGGUACUGAUUAUGCAAAUUUGCCUAUUUGUUUAACUCGCGUUUCAUCCCUUGGUUAACAAUUUACUAUACGUUAAGCUCCAGUUUAGCUUAUUGUGACGGAAGAGUAACUACGGAAACCUACACUGAGCGUGGCCCGACAUGCUCUUGGCCGGUUUUCUUGUGAUCUCGGAGUCCUUCCAAAAGCAAACUUUCGUGAGACAUAUUCUAAAAUUUUUAGAUACCACGGUUACACUCACCUUAAUUAUUCGUCGCCAUGGGCGACAUGUUUCGAACCCAUCGUGGGUCCUUCUUCAGGCUUGAGUGAACAUAACGCCAAUAGCGAUGAAUAAUUCAAGUGAGUGUAACCCUGGUAUGCUAGUUGGUAGUAGAUGGUACCCUAGAUGCUUUAUAAACAGUCUGUGGAUGGGUUCUAUGUCUGCAAAUCGUAGUAAGAACUCAUGUAUGAUUUGUUGUUUGUGUCAAAUGACAUCCAGUGAUUAACAUGAAUAGUGUUAAAACAGUGAGUACAUUAUACGAAUUAAAAGGGAUAAUGUCAUACAUAAGAAAGGGACAGCAUGAUUGGUCCCUGAAUUGCUGUACUCAUUCUGUGCUAUUGUUAUUAUAGCACGGUUCACUAUGUUAACGGCACCAAUCAUGGAAAAUUUAGGAGAAAAUUUGGAGUGUUUUUGAUAUUUCACCGACACCUGUAAAAUGUCUACCGCUUUACGCUUUAAAAGUUGAAUGUCCAAUUCGUCCUUUAUGUUUUCUAUGUAUUUAAUGAAAGCUACUGCAAUUGGUUUCAAUAUUAUUAACCAAUUAAAACUAUGGUUUUUUGCUCCAGUCAUGGAAUGUAUGGCGCCAUUCAUUUUCAAAAUAACAAAUAUCAAUGAAAAAUCAAACUUAAGCAGCUAUUUGGCUCAUGUUUAUGGUAAAAUGUUGCCAGCGAUUAAAAACUGAUGAUAAAUAUUUGUUUUACAAGAUUUGUCUAUACCAUUCCAUUACUGGUGCCUGUUCCAUUAUAGGGGUGUUUACUAUAUGGAUCUUAAAUAGUAAUUAGUGAGUACUGGUUGCCAUCGAACGAUAUUUUCAUAGGAAUUUGACGUUUGUGGUGACGCUUCCACACUGUCGCUUAAUUACUUUAGAUGCAGUCAAAGAAUUUGAUUUCAGUACCAUAUCGGUCCUUGUCGCAGCGACAACCAAUAUGAAGUCGCUAGUGACCUCAUACUAUUGUCACCGUGACAAGGUCCGAAAUGGUAGAUACGAAAUAUGGCGUUUAUUGCAAUACGGUUUGAUAAUUGACAAAAAUUGUGUUUACAGCCUAAUUAACUUAGAAAAUCACACAGAACCUUGUCGUAAUCGCAUUUUGCUCAAUCCACUGGUGCCUUAAUACGUAUGACGUAAAGUUUAAUAUGACAGGGUUCUUAGUUAUAUGACUCCUCUGUGCAUAGUAGACGUCCCACGAGACAGAGCAUAUAAGACAGCCAAUUAUCGGCGCAAACGUACUUAUUAUGCGAGUACUUACACAUUUAUACAAACUACAAGCCAGGACCAAAACAAAGGCGAAUUCUGAUUGUGAUAUUCGGUAAUGAUUAUGAAUUCGUUAUGAAUAUACAUGAUGAAUGUCAAAAUUGGUGUUUCUUUUUACACUGGCAUAUCAUAUCCAUAACAAAUUCAUAACCUGUAACAAGCAGAAUUAGCCUCCGGGGCAUUGAUUUUUUUUUAAUUAUACAUUAAAUGCCGUUGACUUCGAGGUAUCGCUAAGUGAAUUUAAGGAAACUAAAUGGUAUAGUUAAUUUAUUAUUAGUUAAUUUAUAUUAAUAAAAAAUGAUGUUUAUUCAAAAAUAAACAUCAUUUUUUAUUAUUUUUAUACAAAAAAUAUUAAAACUUACGUAUUGCGUUGUUAUAAUACGGGCAUUACAUUUAACUCAACCAAACAAUUGAAAACAACAUAUCUUGACAUAUCAAUUUCAUUUCGAACAUUGAUCGUCCGAGAUAUUAAUAACGUUUAGUAGAAAAUGUAUGAACUCUUACUAACCACUAAUCAAUAUGUAAACAGGCCCUAAGACAAGUGUACACGCUCGUAAAGGCCUUAUAAGAUUAUUGAUUAUCUCCGAAAUUGAAUUAAUUAGAAUAACGGUGUCUUUGAGAAAGUUACUUAAUUUAAGCUCAGAGAUGCACCCUUGAAAUUAACGAAAAAAAAACGGUUUAUAUUCUAAAAUGUAUAUGUACAGUAAAGGAAUUAAAUUUUUGCGCCUUAUCACAAGGACAGUCAAUAUGAAAACAGCUACGGCUCUAAUCGGAUUAUCACUGUGUCAAUGUAGAUACAAAAUGGCGUAGAAAUAUCAUUCUUUGACUUAAUUAUUGCAAAAUCUACAAGACGUAGGUACUUAUACAUUAGAAUGAGACUUGCUUUGUCUAUAUGGUCAAGUAUUUGAACGCACCGUGAUCACUACGACUAGUGUUUUUUUUAUAUUGUACUUAACUAGUAUUUUACAUUUGUAAGCUGAUUAAGAGCGCGUCUUUUAUGCACUAUUUAGUGGGAAGCAAUCUAUGACUGAGCAAUGAAAAUGAAUUACUUUGAAAGAACAAGGUGACCCAUUUUUAUUGCUUAUGAGGGUAUUUGAUCGAAUGUAUUAUAGAACUCGCUUCGCCUAAUGAUAACGAUUGUGAUAUUAUUGACGAAUUAAUGUUUAAUGUUGGUAUUUUUAUUUAUAAGUCUAUUUUUAUGACAUUAAAAGUAUUUUAUUUAUAAUGA